GCACAAACACGGUUCCUGUAACCGCAUCAACUCACCUAUGUUCUAUUUUCCAUGUCACUCCACAAGGAUGACGAGCCCCCGGGGGACACGCGCGAGUGCCCGGUGUGCUUCGAGAGCCCGCGCGGGACGGAGAGAACGCUGAGCUGCGGGCACGCGUUCUGCCACGACUGCCUGGUCAAGUUGCUGCUCAGCAUCCAGGUCGAAGGUCAAACGCGGCACACCCUGGCCUGUCCCGUGUGCAGACACCUCACCUUCAUCAGGAAGCGGCAGAACGAGCCGCCGGCCUUGGCGGAGGGCAAGGGGGAGCCAGAGGAGGACGCCGAAAGAGGAGGGCAGACUUUGGAGGUGCCCGCGGGCACGCCGCUCACCCGGCUGGACGACGACAGCGACGAAGCCGCCCCCGCCGCCGCUUCCCUCUCCGGGCGGGUCCGGCGAUUCUUCUGCGGGGACAGCGAGGGCCCCCAUCGGCCGAGGCUCGUCCGGCCGAGUCCGCGCGGCAGCUCGGAGGUCUUCGUCAUCGACGCCCGUGGGAGACCCAUGACGGAGGACGACGCCUUCGGCGUGGUGCUGACGGCGGUGCGGCGGCCGAGAAGGCGCGGGCGCCGGCUGUGCAGCACGGCUCGGUGCCUCGCGGUGCUGCUCUCAGCCUUUACCACGAUGGCACUGGUGGCCGCCGUUCUGCCAUGGAUCCUAUUGGCCUAAUUCGGAGUCGGUGGACCGCGACGUGCCGUACAUGAACAGCUACAGACAAAUCGCUCACUGUACUUGGGUG